CUUCAGUAUCCUCUUUACCGCUUCUAUAUUCCAUUUCCUAAUGGCAGCGUACAAGGCCACAGAGAUGGCGCUAGUGGUUCGCAAAAGCCUUCAAAUCCGCUAAUUACGCGAAGUGAAUCGAAGGACGAUCAUUAUUGCUUUCGAAGUGCCGCUGAGUGACACCGCUGCGCCGCCGCACGCAUUAUAUUGAGAUUCGCGCAAUCACCGCACUAACUUUAUAAAUUAAUUAAAUACCUGUGUAUGUGUCAAGUUUUAGUCAUAGUGUUUCCUACUUGGAGAUCAGCUGGAGACAGAACGAGCUCAUCAAACAAGGUAGGUACGUUGCCUUCCUUCCGCCAUAUUACAAUAUAAUCCUAAUUUAAGUAUAUAGUUAUUUCCUACCUCCUUAAUUUGAACCAGCGCAUACAGUCCACUAAAUUCCGCAACACCAUUUUUUUUCUGGUCCUGAAUCGACCCGGAUCGUUACUUUAUUAAAUACUUAAAUUUCUCAAAUGUAAUAGGUUAAUAUAUUGUUCGCGAGUGAUCGGUAUUUUAACCUACAUAGUUGUUGAAACCCGCUAUAAUCGAAUACUUAAUUCGCUUCUCGUUUCGUAGGAAUAUAAUCCGCUUUAAUACAAUAGGUAUUUAAUUCGCUUCUCGCUUAGUAAAUAUUUAACCCGCUUAAUGUAAAAAGUAUUAAUUAAGACAUCGUUUUCGUCUUAAUAUAACCGCAUUGUCGAAGUAGGUAUAAAGUCUCGCCACACGCUGUGAAAUACCUACCUACACUCCGCUUCAACAAAUAAUUCUUUAAUAUUAAGUUUAAAUCAUAGCUAAGACACCUGUAGGCUUGGCCUGUAGGUAAUUAUAUUGUCGUAAUGUUCUUAUCGCUAAGCAAUCUACGAUUGUUGAAUGCAUGACCAGUCUAGUACUGACCCGUAGCUUCGUAUAGAUAUGCGACGUCGAUAGAUCAUCUGUAAGUGGUCAUUCGUUCUGACUUAUACUGUAGGUACUUAGUUAACAUUGAAUAUUAGUUAACGAGUUAUGAUAGAUUGCUCAUCCUUUAUUGAUUGAUUUAUAGUGUUUACUAAAUUGUAUUAAACUUUAAUAUUAUUUAGUUUGUUCACUUACGCAUUUGUAUACAUAUAUAUACUUACAAAUUUAAAAUGGCUAGUGAAAAUAAAUUGUUGCUUUUACACGCUAAGAAGAAUGUAAUGUUUUCUCGAGUUCAACAAUUAGCAGAGAGGGCUAAGGAUUUAUCAGCACAAUCCGCGAAAGAAUGUUUUUUAGCUGAUAUUGAAACCGUAGAUCGUUUGCGAUUGGAUUUCGAGAACAUUUUAGAUGAAAUUAAUUUAUUGGAAAUGACUAUAAACCCCAAGUACACAAUUAACAUACAACCAUUGUGUGCUUUCGAAGAUUUGUAUAGUCGUGUCAAGCAUACCGCGAGAAUUAUUUCAUCGGAAAUGCAAGACUUGUCGACAGUGUGUCGCGAUCGCCCAAAAUUACCGCCUAUUCAGUUGUGUCAGUUUAAUGGUGAUGUUAAAAAUUGGCCACUAUUUUACUCUGCUUUCAAAAACACUGUCCAUGAUAACCGCACUCUCACUGACUCCGAGAAAUUACAUUACUUGUUAGGUAGAUUAGAUUCAAAAGUACUAUCGGUGUUUGCUGGUGUGUCAGCCACUGCCGAGAAUUAUGGCAUUAUUCUACAAACUUUAAUAGACAAAUACGAAGACAAGCGUUCGCUCGCUUCCGCUUAUUUAGAUCAAAUAUUCGCAUUUAAACCUUUAACUUCUGUUAGUAUUACAGGUCUUGAACAAUUUCUUGAUAAGUUCGCUACUUCUGUUUCGGCGUUAAAUAACUUGAAGUUCAAUCAACUCGCUGAUUUUAUAUUUUUGUAUACCGCAUUGAAGAGACUCGAUCCGGAGACCGCCCGCGCUUUCGAGGUACAACAUCGUGGAUCUGAAAUUCCAUCGUUUGAAAGCUUAGUUUCAUUUGUUCGCGAUCACGCUAAAAUAUUGCAGCGCACUUCAAACAGUGAUUCAUUAAUUAAGAAUCGCUCGCGUAGCGAUGCGACUGUAAAACAAAAUAAGACUACUCACACAUAUGUCAAUACUAGUGAUUCCUCAUCGCGCGCUUGUUCACUGUGUAAGUCGUACCAUGAACAAUUGUACAAAUGUACUAAGUUUCAAGAGAUGAACCCCACGGAGCGAUUUAAAUUCGUAAAAUUAAAUUCUUUGUGUAUAAACUGCUUGAGUUCACGUCACCUCGCUUUGAAAUGUAACUCUGGAUCGCUCUGUCGCAAGUGUCAAGGAAGACACCACACGCUGUUGCAUUUCGAAACUAAUCGUUAUGUAGCUCCCGCGAAAGUCAGCCACACAGCGUCAUCGUCAUCAAACUUAGGCGUCGACCAAUCGAACACACAACGCUCCAACGCUAAAGAUGUGACAUUGUGCACUUUUUUGAAUAGUGUUCAUUCCGCUCCGCGUACUCAUAGUACAGUAUUAUUAGCUACCGCACGCGUCGUUGUAUUUGACUCUCAUGGCAGGGAACAUAGUGCUCGCGCUUUACUCGAUAGUGCUUCACAAAGCAAUUUUAUUAGUCGCAGUUUGUGUCAACGAUUGGGUUUGAAACCAAACCAGAAGCCCAGGUGUUCCGUAGUCAAGGGAAUUGGAGGUCUUACUAAAUCGAUAGACAGUUCAGUCAUGAUAAAAUUCUUUUCCAGGUUCAAUCUAGGUGUAUGCUUCGAUAUGAACUCAUUCGUAGUAGAUAAGGUAACUGAACGCUUACCUACCGUGUCGGUUAAUAAUUUAGCCUUAAUUAAUUUUAAUAAUUUACCUCUGGCUGACGAUAGUUACUCUAUUCCAGGAGACAUUGAUUUGCUAGUUGGAGCUUCAGUCUUUCCUCACCUUCUUUUGUCCCACAAGGUUCAAGGUCAGCCUGAUUCCCCUUCACCCGUCGCUCUAGAAACAGUUCUAGGUUAUGUCAUCGUCGGUUCUGCCCCUGCUUGUAUUGAUAAUUGCUUGUCAGUAUCGAAUUGUUGCUCAGAAGAUCCGCUUGAUGCUGCCGUGCGGAAAUUUUGGCAGAUAGAAGAGAUAGAUGCUCCGCAUCCAAUGUGCCCAGAUGACGCGGCAUGUGAAGAAAUUUAUAGUAAAACUACUACCCGCCAGGCAGACGGUCGUUACGAAGUCGCACUACCAUUCAAAGGAGAUGUUUUGUCAUUAGGGGAUUCACUGCAAAAGGCAACAACGCGCUUCUAUUGCUUAGAACGUAAAAUGUUAUCUUCGCCUAAGCUCAAGGAAGCUUACGAUAGUGUCAUACUCGAGUAUUUAGAAAAGGGGUAUAUUUCGCCAGUACUUCCAGAUACGGACGCAACACAGAGCUUACGGUCGUAUACCAUUUCGCAUCAUGGAGUUAUAAGAGAGGACAAGGUUACGUCAAGGUUACGCGUUGUCUUAGACGCUAGUGCUAAAACUACUACACAAGUAUCUCUCAAUGAUAUUUUAUACAGUGGUCAGAAUCUUCAAGGAAACAUAUUUAAUAUUAUGGUCAAUUUCCGCCUAUACCGCAUCGCUUUUUCCGCUGACAUACGUCAAAUGUUCCUUUGUAUUGGGAUUCGGCCAUGUGAUCGCAGAUUUCAACGUAUUUUAUAUCGCUUUUCCCCGCAAGAACCUUUGAAGACAUAUGAAUUCAACCGCGUUUGCUUCGGAUUAACGUCUAGUCCAUUCCACGCACUUCGUACUGUUAAGCAGCUACUUUCGGACGAAGGUGCGUCUUUCCCGCGAGCAAAGGAGACUGUCGAUACAGGUUUAUAUACAGAUGACUUUGUGUAUAGUGUCGAUAGUGAUGAAGAAGCUAUUAGUACCGCAGCCGAAGUAAUUGCUCUUUUUAAGGCAGGCCAGUUUGAUCUCGUAAAAUGGACAUGCAACUCACAAAGGGUUUUAGACUCCAUUCCGCCGUCUCAUCGUCUCUCUUCAGUUAAGGAGUUCGAUGAUUCUGAACCACAUAAAGUACUAGGCUUAUGUUGGUCUCCCGCUACAGACUGCUUUGGUCUUAAAAUUAGUACACCCGCAGAGUCUUGUACAAAGCGCACUAUUUUGUCUUGUGUUGCUAGAAUAUGGGACGUUAUGGGUUUCGUAGCUCCUGUAGUCCUAUACGCAAAACUUCUCAUUAAACAACUUUGGUUAUGUGAAUGUGAUUGGGAUGACAUACCACCUGAACAUAUUCUCCAACAGUGGUAUCGUUUCAAAGAGGAACUUCCUUUACUUAGCAAAAUAAAGAUUCCACGGCAUGUAGGCAUCUUUGCUGGUGACAUUAUAAACAUAGUGGGAUUUGCAGAUGCAAGUGAAAAGGCCUAUGGUGGCGUAGUUUACUUCCACGUUAGAGAUAGUGUCGGUCUGCGUGAGAAUGAAUUUCAUUUGAUAAUUGCUAAAUCGAAAGUUUCGCCUCGUAAAGUCAUAUCACUCGCACGUUUAGAGCUUUGUGCAAUCCUUGUAUUAAGUAACUUGAUUACCAAGGUAAUGGAAGCUUGCAAUAAUCGCAUAAAUAUUCAUAGAAUUUUCGCAUUUUCGGACUCAACGGUUGCCUUGUGUUGGGUGCAUUCUUCGCCCCAUCGUUGGGAUACCUUCGUGGCUAAUCGUGUAACUAAAAUACAAAAUGACCUUCCCGUGAAUACAUUUUAUCAUGUAUCAGGUAUUGAUAAUCCCGCUGAUUGCUUAUCUAGAGGGCUCACCCCCGCACAAAUAAUCGAUCAUCCGCUUUGGUUCUGUGGUCCCGAAUGGGUUAAAUUGAAUCCAGAUCAUUGGCCAGUUAUCGCUUUUAACCCAUCGACAGUGUCGCAUCCACCUGAAGAAAGGAAUCAUGUUCAUGUCACCGCUGAAUUUAUGGAAGAAAACUUGAUCGUGUCGCUUGCAGAUCGCUUUUCAUCUUGGUCAAAGCUUCUACGCUGUGUAGUUUUUAUAUGUCGUUUUGCAAAGUUAUUACCGCUUCGUGAAGCUAUCGUUGCGUCAGAUUUAAAUUACGCUGAAAAUUUAAUAUGGCGUCAAGUUCAACGCGCUCACUUCCCUAACGAAAUAGCUAACUUACAGAAAGGAAAAUGUUGUAGUCCGGCGUUUCAACGCCUCAAACCAUUUACACAGGAUAAACUCAUUAGAGUCGGAGGUCGUUUAAGGAAUUCUGAUCUAAGUUUUGACAAUAAGCACCCUAUCAUACUUCCGCGAAAGGGUCACAUUGUAAACCUUUUAGUUGACUACAAUCAUAAGUUGAACUGCCACGCGGGCCCGGAUCUUUUGAUGUCUAUACUACGCCAAAGAUAUUGGAUUCUAUCCGCUCGUAAUUUGAUUCGUAGUCGGGUGCACAAAUGUUUACCCUGCUUUCGACUCAAUGCUAAGCCGAGUUUUCCAGAAAUGGCAGAUCACCGCUCUUGUCGAGUUACGCCAGCUGUUAAGCCUUUUGUACAUACGGGAACGGAUUACGCAGGCCCUUUUAAGGUGACUAUGUCACGCGGUCGUGGAAUUCGUCCAACCAAGGCAUACGUGUGCCUUUUCGUAUGCUUAACCACUCGCGCAGUGCACAUCGAAUGUGCUACUGAUUUAAGCACCGCCAGUUUUCUCGCGGCUUUUAAACGAUUUUUAUCACGCCGUGGUUUUGUUUCGCGUCUUUAUUCUGAUAAUGGAGGAAACUACGUGUGUGCUAAACGUGUUCUUUCAGAAUUACACGACUUUUUAAUGUCAAAACAUUUCAAGACUGAAUUUGGUCAUGUUUUAGCUGAGCAUCGCAUCCACUGGUCAUUAAAUGUCCCAACUGCCGGUCACUUUGGUGGUAACUGGGAAACCAAUAUUAAGAGCCUAAAAACUCACUUAUAUCGCGUAGUAGGCGACCAAAUUUUAACGUUAGAAGAGUUUAGCACUGUACUUACCCAAAUCGAGGCAGUAAUGAACUCUAGGCCUUUGUGUCGCACGCUAUCUAAUGAUCCUUCAGAACCGCUCGCGUUAACACCGGCUCACUUUUUAACGCUUACGCCUCUAAAUUACCUACCGGCUAGAGAAAUAGAGGAAGGGCCGUUACAUUUGCUUUCGAGACAAGAUUUAAUUGAUAAGCUUGUUCAGUCUUUCUGGAAGCGAUGGAAAUCUGACUACUUACAUACCCUUCAAAUGCGAAGCAAAUGGAACAAGCCAACCAACCCUAUCGAGGUAGGUGAUGUCGUAAUUAUAAAGGUUGAUAACGCACCGCCGCUUCACUGGCCAUUAGGGCUAGUCGAGGAAGUAUUUCCUGGAUCAAACAAUGUUACUCGAAUUGUUCGCGUGCGCACUGCUAUAGGUUCAUAUUUGCGUCCUGUAGUACGUCUUUGUCCUCUACCUAAAUAAUUUUGUUACUUUCGCUUAGUUUAGGAUUAGGUUAAGAUUUCGAUUACUUUUGUUCGCAUAAUAGUUUUUGAAGGCAAGGCUUCAAGCCCGGGGGGAAUGGUUGCGCGGAAUAUAUGUAUUUAUAUUAUAUAUAUUUAUUUCUUAUUAUCCUACUCCUCCUUCAGUAUCCUCUUUACCGCUUCUAUAUUCCAUUUCCUAAUGGCAGCGUACAAGGCCACAGAGAUGGCGCUAGUGGUUCGCAAAAGCCUUCAAAUCCGCUAAUUACGCGAAGUGAAUCGAAGGACGAUCAUUAUUGCUUUCGAAGUGCCGCUGAGUGACACCGCUGCGCCGCCGCACGCAUUAUAUUGAGAUUCGCGCAAUCACCGCACUAACUUUAUAAAUUAAUUAAAUACCUGUGUAUGUGUCAAGUUUUAGUCAUAGUGUUUCCUACUUGGAGAUCAGCUGGAGACAGAACGAGCUCAUCAAACAAGGUAGGUACGUUGCCUUCCUUCCGCCAUAUUACAAUAUAAUCCUAAUUUAAGUAUAUAGUUAUUUCCUACCUCCUUAAUUUGAACCAGCGCAUACAGUCCACUAAAUUCCGCA